AUGGCCGACACCACCGAGCUCAAACGCCUCCGAUCGGAGGAUCCGGAGACCUCCGGCUCCGACGACUCGAGCCAGAACUCCAAGCGCCAGAAGCCCUACGGCGGCAUCCUCUCCCUCCUCGACCAAGACGAGGACGACUGCGAGGCGGCGCACGGCCAGGACCUCGCCGCCGUGUUCUCCGCUUUGCAGCAGGAGAUCUCCGACGCCGCCGCCGCCGUCGACGUCGAUUCGCCUGCGCUCGCGGCGGCGGAGGACCGGAGCGCCGCCGACGGCGAGGAAGGCGAAGCGGAGUCGGUCAUGAGGCGGCUCCUGGAAGCCUCCGACGACGAGCUCGGGAUUCCGAGCGCCGAGGAGAUGUACGGAAACAUUAAUAACGGUAACGGUGAUGAGAUUGUCGACGGGAUUAGGCCCGGCGAGGAUUUGCCGUUUGGUUUUGUGGAUAAUUUGUGGGAGCUUGAGGACGUGGCUGCUAAUUACUACACCAUGCUUCAAUCGGAGCUUUUUAUUUAG